UUUCCUCAUAAUAUCACCGCUGAUUCAUCCUCAUCCAGUGGCCCUGCCCUCGCCGACCAUUUCUAUCGCGGCUCCAGCAAAGUCGACCCGCCGCCCAUUAGCAUUUCGAGAAAUCCACUUUACAGAAUUCUACAGUCGUAGAACAGCCAAAAGACAUUACUUCCUCUCUCACUCAAUCCGCGUCCUUUUCCCACUCCUCCCACUAUAAAACUCCUGUCCAGAUCGAUUCCCUCCAACCCACCAGCGCCACCAUCCCCACACUCCACCACCAAUCCACCAUGAAGCUUUCAACUUUCUUCCUCCUCUUCCCAAUCUUCCUCUCCCUCGCCACAGCUUGCGAUAGAUGCGUUCACAAAUCCAAAGUCGCCGUUUUUUCUCCCCCCUCCUCUCUUCCAGCCGGAGCUUGUGGCUAUGGCUCCUUGGCUCUCAACUUCAGUCAUGGACUUAUCGCCGCCGCAAGUUCUAAAAUUUAUCGCGAUGGCGUUGGCUGCGGUGGCUGUUUCCAGAUUCGGUGCAGGAAUACAGAGCUCUGUAAUGGAGCAGGGGUGAAGGUUGUGGUGACCGAUCUUGAUAAGAGCAAUAGAACUGAUUUUAGGCUCAGUUCUCGGGCCUUCGCUGCUAUGGCGCGGCCGGGGAUGGUCGCCGGACUGCAGACAGUUGGGGUGGUCGAUGCAGAACACAAAAGGAUUCCGUGCGACUAUUCAAACAAGAACCUAUCCAUAAGAGUGGAGGAGAGCAGCCGGAGGCCCAGUUUAUUAACGGUCAAACUUAUCUACCAAGGUGGACAAACUGACGUCGUGGCAGUCGACGUGGCGCGGUUCGGUUCGCCAGCAUGGCAGUUCAUGACCCGGCUCAACGGCCCGGUCUGGACCACCAGGCAAGCACCGGGCGGCCCGCUUCAGUUCCGGUUCGUGGUGACGGGUGGGUACGACGGCAAGUGGGUGUGGGCCCAACAGGAGGUGUUGCCGGCUGAGUGGCGGUCCGGCGAGGUGUACGAUACGGGAGUUCAGAUCACCGAUAUAGCGCAGGAGGGCUGUUCUCCUUGUGACACGGAGGAAUGGCGGUGAAAAUAACGGUGGUGGGUUUUUGUUCCUUUUUUACGCCUAAAUAAGAAAGGAAACCAUAUAAUGUAAAAGAUCAGAAGGUUAUAAUUGUAAGUAUAUGG